AUGGAUAGCACAGUGGUUACCCCCGGCCAGCGAUUAGGUUAUGCAGGCGACUACAUUGCCGGUCCAGGAAUUUACGAACGCGACGGUUUAUUGUAUGCAAGCGUAGUGGGUGUACGAUCAGUCAACGAAGGCAACAAUGGCAAUUUACCGACUAUGACAGUAUCACGUGAGAAAGAACAAUCCGCUGUUCCCGAGGUGGGCAGUAUUAUCACAGGCAAAGUGAUUCGAGUGGCUCCUCAUCAAGCUGUUAUUGCCAUUAUGGUUGUUGGUGAUUCUCCAUGCAAGGAAGAUUUUAUGGGCGCAAUAAGGACACAAGAUGUUCGUGCAGUAGAGAAGGAUAAGGUCAAGAUCUACAACUCAUUCAGACCUGGUGAUAUUGUACGUGCUGAAGUGAUCUCUUUGGGUGAUGCACGUUCGUAUUACUUGUCUACAGCCAAGAAUGAAUUGGGCGUGAUAUUUGCAACAAGCGUAGCAGGUGCAACGAUGAUCCCAAUUUCCUGGCAAGAGAUGCAAUGUCCUAUUACCAAAGCCAUUGAAUACCGGAAAUGUGCCAAACCAUUCUAA